CCAAUUCCCCUUUCACUUCAUCUCAAAGCCUUUACUAAUUUAUCAAUCGGAGCUGUGAGGACAUGGAACAGAAGCAUUUUGUUAUGGUUCAUGGGGCAUGUCAUGGAGCAUGGACAUGGUACAAGAUCAAGCCGCUGCUCGAGGCGGCCGGGCAUCGGGUAACGAUGCUGGACAUGGCGGGGGCCGGGGUCAACAUGAAGGCAAUCCAGGAGGUUAAGUCGUUUGUAGAGUAUUCAGAACCAUUGUUGCAGGCCAUGAGUUGUGUUGGUCCAAAUGAGAAGGUGAUAUUGGUGGGUCAUAGCCUUGGUGGCAUGUGCUUGGCUGUGGCCAUGGAGAAGUUCCCUCACAAGAUAGCCGCUUCUGUGUUCGUGACAGCCUUUGUUCCUGAUACCCACCACCAGCCUUCUGAUGUCAUAGAACAGUUCCGGGAGAGCCUUUCCAUGGAAUUUUGGCAGGACACCCAGGUUCCUACUAAUGAUAAGCCUUCAAGUUGGUUUAUAUUUGGCCCCAAAUGCACGGCCAACAACAUCUAUCAGCUCUCCCCUUCUGAGGAUCUAGCUUUGGCAAUGACUCUGAUGAGACCAGGGUCACUAUUCAAAGAAGAUCUGGCAAACGCAGAGAAGUUUACAGAGGAAAAUUACGGAUCAGUCAAGAAAGUGUAUGUGAUUUGCAGUGAAGACAAGACAAUCUCAAAGCAGUUCCAGAAGCGGAUGAUUGAGAGUUAUGGGAUUCAAGAUGUGAUGGAAAUCGAUGGAGCUGAUCACAUGCCUAUGUUUUCAAAGCCUCUCCAGCUUUUCAAAUGUCUUCUUCAGGUAGCUCACAACUGCACCUAAACGUGAGCUGCACCUUGUGAUAAUAAAACCUCAUGGAUGAAUCAAUCCCUUCAAAGUCUUUAUUUUCACUACAAUUUUCUGACUGUAUGGGUCGGUCCAAAUAUCGUUUAAUGAAUGUAUUUACAAUAAACGUCUUCUUGAUCCUUCUUUUUUUA